AUGACCACUCUUUCGGGAAUUGAGCAAUUCCAAUGCGAAGGUGAUCCACUAUCUCUAGGAUCUAGAUGGGAGAAAUGGAAAAGAGCGCUACAGAUCUAUCUUGCCGCAUCGGACAUAGCAGAACCAGCCAAAAAGAAAGCCAUCCUCUUACACUCAGGUGGCAUGGCAUUGCAAGAAAUAUUCUACAGUCUACCUGGAGCAGAUAUUGAUCCCACAGUGGAUGGCAACCAAGUCGUAGAUGUCUUCAAGUUAGCUUUACAAAAACUUGAUGAUUAUUUCUUACCUAAGCAAAGUAAGUUAUUUGAACGAUAUUCAUUUCGUUUGAUGAAGCAGGCAGAUGAUGAGAAAUUUGAUAAGUUUUUGGUGCGACUGAGACACCAAGCAUCGAAGUGUCAGUUUAGUGAUAUAGAGGAACAUUUAAUCGACCAAAUAACUGAAAAAUGUAAAUCGAAAGAUCUGAGACGGAAAAUUUUAUCUCUAGGAGACAAUAUCAAACUAGAUGAUAUCAUAUUGGAAGCCAACGCCUUGGAAUCUGUGAAUCGGCAAAUGCAGAAAUUUGAAGAUGCUGAUAAAGCCACCCCUAGCACUAGCGACACAAUAAAUAAAUUGCAGAUUAAAAAUGACUUUCCUAGCGAUUCGAAUAAUCUAAAAAAACAAGGUUGUUCUAGAUGUGGAAAUCUGCGGCACAAUUCACAGGAUCCAAGGUGUCCUGCUAGAGAUUCAACAUGCACAAAAUGUAAUUUUAGGGGUCAUUUUAGAAGAUAUUGUAAGUCUAGGAGAAAAAGGGCGACGCUUCCCCAGAGAGGCGAAAGAAAAAGUAAAUAUAGUAAACAGUCAAACUCGAUUAAUAAACUGGACAGUGAAUCUGAAGACCCGGAUUACAUAUUCCAUUUGGACGAUGAUACAACUAUCGUUUGUAAUGUGGGAGGUAUUUUGAUACCUAUGAUAGUUGAUUCGGGCAGUAAAAACAACAUAAUAGAUGAAAUUACCUGGGAAAACUUUAAACGAAGCGGAAUAAGUAUACGGAAACAAGUGAAGGGAACAGACAAACAGUUUAUUUCAUAUGCAAGUAGCAAACCGUUGACAGUAUUAGGAUAUUUCGAAGCAGAAAUCAGAGCUAAUAAUAAAAAAGAAAAUGCUAAGUUUUACGUUAUAAAGAACGGCAAAAACAACCUUUUAGGAAAAAUAACCGCAACCUCAUUGGGUAUUUUGAAAAUCGAAGUGAAUGUAAACUGUGUGACGUCUGUUUUUCCCAAGAUCAGGGGCAUAGUCGUAGAUAUUCCAAUUGACAAGAAUGUGCAACCAGUUGUACAACCGUACAGACGAAUACCGAUACCUUUGGAACAAAAAGUUGACAAUAUAUUGAAAGAUCUACUAGACAAAGACAUAAUUGAGGAAGUUAAUGAGCCCUCGAAAUGGAUAUCACCCAUGGUCCCUGUGCUUAAAGGAAAUGGCGAUGUUCGUAUUUGUAUUGAUAUGCGACGUGCAAAUCAGGCCAUUUCCCGGGAAAAUCAUCCCCUACCAACAAUGGAAACUCUUGUUCCCCAGUUGAGGAGAGCUACCUUAUUUUCGCGACUGGAUAUAAAAAAUGCUUUUCAUCAAGUGGAAAUAUCGGAAUCUUCUCGUUUCAUUACUACUUUCAUCACCAGGAAGGGCCUUUUCAGAUACAAAAGGCUUAUGUUUGGUAUAAAUUGUGCUCCAGAAAUCUUCCAAAAAAUUAUGGAAAAAAUACUGAUCAAUUGCCUUGGCACAAUCAACUUUAUCGAUGACAUAAUUGUAUCUGGGGAAGAUGAGAAUCAACAUGAUGAAAAUUUGAAAAGAACACUAGAUACGCUCAAGAAUCACGACAUACUUCUUAAUAAUGAAAAAUGUCAAUUCAAAAUGAGUUCAGUCAAUUUUCUUGGCCACGUUCUUUCAAGGGAGGGCAUCAAACCUUCAAAAACUCAUAUUGAUGCAAUAAGGAACUUUCGCGACCCAAAAACAAUUGAUGAACUGCAGAGUUUCCUAGGAUUGGUUAAUUUUGUUGGUAAAUGGAUUCCGAAUCUGGCAACCAUAACCGAACCCCUGAGAGAACUUCUCCGGUCAAAACUAGGGAAGAAUGCCAAUAUCGAAAAUCAUUGGAAGCGAGAACAAAAAGAAGCGUUUUCCAAAUUGAAAAAUGCGCUUUCUAGUAGAUCUGUUUUGGGCUACUAUGAUCCACAAGACCGAACACAGGUGAUAGCCGAUGCGAGUCCUGUGGGUUUGGGUGCUAUCUUGUUACAGUUCGACAGUAAGGGAGCUAGGGUUAUCUCUUACGCUAACAAAAGUUUGACAGACUGUGAACGGCGUUAUUGUCAAACCGAAAAGGAAGCUCUAGCUCUUGUAUGGGCCGUUGAGCAUUUCAAAAUAUACUUGUUUGGCAAAGAUUAUUUCGAAUUAGUGACUGAUCACAAGCCUCUGGAGGUUAUUUUUGGUCCAAAAUCCAAACCUUGUGCUCGUAUUGAACGAUGGGUUUUGAGGCUACAAUCGUUUAAAUAUAGAAUUGUCUACCGCCCGGGAAAAACAAAUAUAGCAGACCCUCUAUCCCGUUUACUCGUCCAUAAUGAAAAAGACCAGCCCUUUGAAAAAGAAUUCAUCCAUCAUUUAAUUGAGUACACGAAACCUGUAGCUAUCACCAUAAAAGAACUUAAAAAAUAUACAAAAAGUGACAAAGAAAUAGAAUUGAUUAAAGCAGCUUUAAAGGAAGGUAGUUGGCCAGAAGGGACUGAGAGGUUUAAAAUCUUUGAAAAUGAGCUUUCUUGUUAUUCUGAAAUUUUAUUACGGGGUGAUAAAAUCGUUAUACCAGAAAAACUCCGGAAACGAGUGCUGGAUCUGGCUCAUGAGGGUCAUCCCGGGAUUGUAGCAAUGAAGAAACGACUCAGAAGCAAAGUAUGGUGGCCAAAAAUCGACAAUGAUGCGGAAAAAAUUGUGAAAGAUUGCAAAGAUUGUACCUUAGUUUCUGCACCUAACCCCCCUGAACCAAUGAAAAGACGUAAAUUGCCAAUAAGCCCAUGGAUAGAUACAGCUAUUGAUUUCAUGGGACCUCUUCCAAGUAAUGAAUAUUUAUUUGUAAUUGUAGAUUACUACAGUCGAUAUAAGGAGAUUAAAUGCAUGAAGAAUAUCACCUCUUCUGAUACCAUUAGAGUUUUGAAAGAAAUUUUCUCUAGGCUAGGUAUACCCGAAUCCAUCACUGCGGAUAAUGGAAAACAAUUCUGUAGCCAAGAAUUCAAAGACUUUUGCAAAAAUCAUAAUAUUAUCCUAUUCCACAGUAUACCCUAUUGGCCUCAACAAAACGGAGAAGUAGAACGCCAAAAUCGAGAUAUACUGAAAAGAUUAAAAAUUAGUCAUAUUAAUAAAACAAAUUGGAAAGAUGAUUUAUUAGACUAUUUGAUGAUGUAUAAUAGUACUCCUCAUUCUACUACCGGCAAAACACCAUCGGAAUUAUUUUUCCGGCGACAAUUUCGUGACAAAUUACCCAUUUUACCUUCCCACUCAAAUGAGUUCUCCAUGGAUGUAGUUGAGGAAGAAAUCCGUGAUCAGGAUAUAUGGGAAAAAGAAAAAGGGAAAAUUUAUGCAGACAGAAAAAGAAAAGCCCAAGAGAGCGAGUUACAGUGUGGAGACAAAGUAUUCGUCAAAAAUAUUCUUAAAGAAAAUAAGCUUACUCCCACAUUUAACGCGACACCGCAUACUAUUACCAAAAAACAGGGAGCUGAUGUUGAAAUAGAGAAUGACGAAACGGGACAAACUCUUCGAAAGAAUGUUGUCCAUUUGAAGAAAAUUGCCGGUGAAUGGACAGUUGCUACACCACCAUGCACAUAA